AUGUCCGCGACGCUGGCGGAUCCGUAUCGAGAGUAUGCUAUUGAUUAUUCUCAACAUGCUACCUGCAAGCCCGAGGAACAUGCGAGCACGCUUGUUUACCACGCACAGCAGCCGCACCUUCAACAUCAUAAGCAGACCGACCCGCCGUUCUCGCAGGGAGCCUCUCAUAGCACGACGGCAUUUGAGCAGCAUCAUGCAAACGCGACCGUACUGUCAGCAGCAGCUCCUCCCACAGUCCAUGAUAUCUCGCAAAACGUUGUCCUCGGCCCACCACAAAUGCUCUCGCGACACCUUCCAGUGCAGUAUCCGUCCGCCAGCUUCGAGAUCCCCCCUAUCCAGCGCGACAAGAAACGUCCCCAUUCGGAGACAGAAGACGACGGCAAUCACGACCAUGGGCUCCGGCCACAGUUGUCCGUUCUCUCAGCAGACGCGCCCCACGAACCCUCGCAUUCUCCCGAGAUGCUCUUCUCGGUCCACGGCGCGUCGUCUCAGCAGCAUCCCAUGUCAAACCACAGCUUUGGGCCCACAGACUCGGUGGCACUGCCCCAACAUCACCACCACCAUCGACUCCCGCCCCAUGCGGCGCUGCGCGCCCCUGGGCGUCAUGGAAUGAAUGUGGAAUCGUCUCCUUUGCCCUCCGGCCCGCCAAGUGUUGUGGGCCAGCCUGGAAUGCCCGAACCAGCUCCCAGGCCUCGGGGACCAAAACUGAAGUUCACGCCGGAAGAAGAUGCACUCCUGGUGGAGUUGAAGGAGAACAAGAACUUGACGUGGAAGCAAAUCGCAGACUUCUUUCCGGGACGGACGAGUGGCACCUUGCAAGUUCGGUACUGCACCAAACUGAAGGCCAAGGAUGUGGCUUGGAGCGAUGAAAUGGUACAACGGCUGCAACGGGCAAUCCAGGAAUAUGAGAACGAUCGGUGGCGGAUCAUUGCAGGGAAGGUUGGAAAUGGCUUCACCCCAGCUGCAUGCCGUGAGAAAGCGAUGCAGCUCCCGUGA